UUAUGAACCUAUCUUUGAAAGACGUGUUUUAUUUUACUCUGCAACUUAACUUAUAGCUGUUUAGACUUUUUUUUUAUACCCUUAGGGCCUGUUGAAUUCCUUCAAAGUAAAAGUUUAUAAUAGUGUGCCAGUGUGUUUUAAAAUGCCUACUGAGUUAAAACAGAGGAAGAAGUCUCAAAAACAAAGCGAUGAAGUGGCCGAAACGUCGGCUGCAAACUGCAAAGAUGAGAUGAUAAAAGCCAAGACGGAAGCUGGAAACAACGCAGGAGUAAAUCAAACUUCUUCCAGUUUGGACCUCAGGAGUUUAAUGUGCGUAUUGUCUCUGGCAGCAUGCGGAGCUCUGAGCUGGGUGGUGCUACAACAGAAUGAGAGGUUUUCCGAAAUUGAGGAAAACUACAAAUCUUUGCACGGAAAGACUUCAAGUCUGUUCGACAUGGAGGAAGAAGUCCUAAAGGUUUCUAAAAAGCUCGCCGCCUCCGAAGAUGACCUGCAGGAGGCUCUCUCCACCGUCUCCUUGGCAACACGACUCCAGCAGGACAUCUCCACCCUCCACGCCGCAGUCAUGGCGAUGCAGGCCGACGAGAACUCCGCCUCUCGUGACCUGCAGUCGGUCAACGCCCACUUCCUGAACGUGACGGAGACGUGGCAGGUGCGUCUGGCCGCCGUCACCUCUGACCUCACCGCCCUGAAGGCCGAGUCCCGGGAAGCUCACUCCGGGGCCACAGAUCAGGUGAACGAGGCCGAGCGGAGGGGCCGGUCGCUGGCGGAGAGGUUGGAGGAGCUCGAGGACAGCACCAAGAGGAACGCCCGAGCUAUGGAGCGCACGGAGGGAGACGACACCCGGCGGGCGGAGGAGCACCUGGACUGGAACACCAAGCAGAUCCACAAGCUGGAGGAGCAGAUCACACGAGUGACCAAGAGGGAGGCCGAGCUCGACACCCAGCUCCGGGAGCACAUUCCCCGGGCGCAGCAGUGUGAAGAGCACCUGCCCCAGGUGGAGGAGGCGGUGCGCUCCAUCCUGAGGCUGACGGGGGAUCUGAGCUCGGCGGAGAAACGUCUGGAGGAGGUGACGCUACAGGUGUUUGGGACUGAGGACAGCAUGCUGAAGGCGCUCAACGAAAUCCUCGAGAUCAGACAGGAGCUGGACACCCUGCAAGCUCACAACAGCAUCCUCAAGAUGAAGAACGAGUUGUCCGUGGUCAAAGAGGCGGUCCGUGAACUCACCAUGGUGCUGCGAGGAAAUGCAGACGAGAGCCACAAGGACUCUGAGGCUCUGGAGGAAGAAGGAUGGAAUGAGGAAGAGGAGGAGGAGUGGGAAGUGGAUGACAAGGAGGAUACAACUCAACUUCUAUUUGAUGACCUCACUGAAUGAUGUCAUUGUUUUGAUCCAUUUAGAGGAGUGGUUCUAUCUUUAUAUUUGAUGUUAAAAGUUAGCCAAGUUCAGUAUUAUUGUUUUUCAAAAUGUGUACCUCAGUUGUAAUGUCAGAAAAUGGAGACCAUUUUUGCAUAAAUGUUCCCUGAUUUUUAACAUGAACUAUGAUAUACAUGCACUGUAUUACACAAUACAAUCAAAACUAUUUAUUUUUAUAUUUGUUUAAUCUUUAGUUAUGUAUAAAACAUUCCCAAAUGUAUCAAAAUAUCUGUGCCAGUCUUUCCAGAUAAAACUACAUUACAGUCGAAGAGAGAAGUUGAUAAAUCUGAUAGAAAGAAAAAUAAUUGGAAGCUAUUUGAUUUGCUGUUUUGUAAACUGAAUAUUUUUAGGUUUAGAUUUUAGGACCAUUGUUUGGGGAAAAACAAGCAAUAGGAAAAUAUUAUAUUUUUCACUAUUCCUGACAUUUAUUUGACAAAACAAUUAUAUGAUGAAUGAAGAAAAUUACCCGAUACAUGUCUUACAUUUGGUGCAGGAAUAUUUAAUGUUUUUGAUGACUUUUACAUUUCUAUCUGAUUUUGGUUUCACCUGUUGAAAAGCAUGGCAAUUAUUUCAUCAUUGAACUCAUUUAAUAAAAUCACCUUUUAUAUUGAAAAGGUCUAAUUUG